AAUUUCCUCAACGUUCCUAACCACGCGGGUCUGCAAACAUAAAAAUGGCCAAAGAGUCACUAAUCCUAGAGAAUGCCUUGUUAAAGAUCAACGAUGCAUGCACUGGCCCUAAUCCCAGGAUCGCUGGAGUCGUGUGCAUUGCCGUAGACAGGAACGGGGAUCCGAUAUUUUCCCACACUUCCGGGUCUACCAAGUUGGGUGGCAGUCAGCCUAUGGAUUUUAAUUCAGUAUUCUGGCUGGCAUCGUGCACAAAGCUUCUGACGGGGAUUGCGUCUAUGCAACUCGUCGAACAGGGAAAGCUCAGUCUCGACGAUGCUGAGCAACUCCACCAAAUUGCUCCCGAGCUUCGGGAGCUAAAAGUAUUGCAGAAAAAUGAGAGCGGGGGAUUCAGUUUAGUGGAUCAGGAAAAGUAUAUCACGCUUCGAAUGCUCCUCACACAUACCUCCGGCUUCAGCUAUGCCAUGAACAGUUUCGAGCUGUGUGAAUGGUCACAACCCGUUGGCCUUGAUGAUUUCUCUGGGCGCAGGGACGAUAUAUUAUACCGCCCGCUGGUCUUUCAGCCGGGAACGGGUGUGCAGUACGGUGUUGGAAUUGACUGGGUUGGCGUGGUCAUCGAGCGUGUGGCGAAGAUUUCCCUUGAAGACUACUUCCAACGCUUCAUAUUCAACCCCCUCGAAAUCAACAAUACUUCCUUCUUCCCAAGCCCAGACAUGAUAUCCCGACUUGCCUACCUGCACCAUCGCGGGCCAGAUGGAUCACUCACCGUCGUUGAUCAUAUUCUGCGAUACCCCCUGCUGUCGAGUCAAUACGACCCGAGGAAUUCAUUCUGUAUGGGCGGAUGCGGGUGCUUCGGGACAGCGCCAGAUUAUGCCACGAUCCUCGCUGUUCUCCUCAACAACGGAAAGUCCCCCAAGACACAUGCCCGACUCCUUAGGCCGGAAACAGUGGAAGAAAUGUUCACGGAUCAAAUCCCUGAAUUCCCACUUUUUCAUAAUGAAUUCGUCCCAAGUGCAAAACCGAGCCUCGCGAAUGCGCGUCCGGUGAUACCGAAGCCUGGGAACCCAAGCGAUGGAUGGGGACUUACCUUCGCACUAAGCCAUGAUGUAAGUCCCACUGGAAGGCCAAUGCGCUCGGCAUGGUGGGAAGGCCUAGCGAAUGUUCACUGGUUUGUGGACCGAGAGAACGGAGUCGCAAUGAUUUUGGCUGCGCAGGUUAUGCCCGAUGGAGACUUUGAAGUUACUAGACUCUACCAUGAGGUAGAGGAGGAGAUUUAUGCAAGCCUUGGGUUGAAACCGUUGUGUGGGUGAUAGGAGAUGGAUGUAUAAGGGGAUAGCAAAUAGUGCACCUUUGAUGCUAUAGUAGCUUUAGCGUUCUUCAAGUCCAGAUUAUCGACCCAUCUGAGGAGAGCAAAAAGGUAGUGGUAAGCGUAUAGCUUCAUGAUGAUCGAUGCCACUCUUUUUCCAUCUUUGAAGGACUUGCGGAAUCCAUUUAUUCUCCAUGAAUCCGGAACAUGACCCCUGGCCCUUAAACAGUACUCAGCUCUCGAGCUCAACCCACCAUGUAUCCAACUCAUGCAGUCUUAAAAUUGACGG